UACUCCUUCCGUCCCUUAUAACUUUGUCAUCUUUCCUUUUUUGGUUGACCUAAAAACUUUGCAACUUUUCAUUUUAAUCAAUUAAUUUGUUGUUAGUCUGGUUACUGUUAUUUCUCUCUCAUGUGCACAAAAGUUAAACACACAAUUUUUACUUUAUUAUUUUCCGUGUCUAACGUGAGUAUUGAGGGACUGGUGGAGUAUCAUUGUACAUAAUUAUUCUGGGAGAUGAGAGGAACAUUAUUGUUAGUUUGGGAAAUGCAUGCAGUCAACCGUUGAAAAGUUAUGGAUUCAAAUAAUCAAGAGUCAGAAGAGAAGCAGCUUAUGUGUCUAUAUAUAGAGACAGAAAAAUGUGUGUAUAUAUUAUGAUGAAAGGGGUACAGAGAGAGGUCUUGGUUCUAUGGGCACUUUUGCUAAUCAUUCUUCAUCCAUUGAGGCUCAUUAUUGCUAACCAGGAAGGUGGUAAUUUUGUGGAUAACUUGUCUUUAUUGUGAUUAGUGUUGUUCCUGUUGUUGUUACUUCAAUUUUUCUUUCCAAUUUUAGCUUUUGAGGUUAUCACCAAAGUGGGUAUCCUAAGUUUCAGGUGAUGCUUUGUACAAACUAAAGGCCAACUUACAAGAUCCUGACCAAAGUUUGAAGACUUGGGAAUCUGGUUCCGGGGAUCCUUGCACAUGGUUCCAUGUUACUUGUGACAAUAAAAGUGUUACGAGAGUUGAUUUGGGAAAUGCUAAUCUAUCAGGCCAAUUAGUCUCUGAACUUGGCUUGCUUAAGAAUUUGCAGAGAUUGUAUGUCCAAAGAUCCUUAGACCUUUCUUUCAAAUUUGACGGUUUGACCUUAAUCCUCCCAUUUUGGGAGCUUUACGGCAAUAAGCUAACUGGGGUAAUUCCCAGUGAUCUUGGAAACCUGUCAAAUCUGAAGCAAUUGGAUCUCUACUUGAACAACUUCACAGGACCUAUACCAGAUUCGUUAGGCAAGCUGACAGAACUUAACUUCCUACGGCUCAACAACAACAGCCUCACCGGUUCCAUACCGAUGUCACUAACUAGUAUCUCAGCUCUCCAAAUCUUGGACCUGUCAAACAAUCAUCUUUCUGGUCGAGUUCCAGACAAUGGCUCUUUUUCUCGAUUCACUCCCAUUAGUUUUGCCAAUAAUUUGGCUCUUUGUGGGCCGGUUACUGGACAUCCUUGCCCUGGAUCUCCUCCAUUUUCUCCACCUCCACCAUUUAUUUCAUCAACCCCCAUUCCUAAACCAGAUAGAAAUAGUAUAACUGGAGCUAUAGCUGGAGCAGUAGCUGCAGGUGCUGCUUUACUCUUUGCUGUCCCUGCCUUUGCUUUUGUAUGGUGGCGUCGCAGAAAGUCACAAGAGUUUUUCGUCGAUGUUCCGGCGGAAGAAGACCCAGAAGUUCACUUGGGACAGCUCAAGAAGUUUUCUCUGAGAGAGCUACAAGUUGCUACCGAUAGCUUUAGCAACAAGAAUAUUCUCGGCAGAGGUGGGUUUGGUAAGGUAUACAAGGGACGGCUUGCAGAUGGUUCGUUGGUUGCUGUAAAACGGUUAAAAGAGGAGCACACACCUGGUGGUGAGCUUCAAUUCCAAACAGAAGUCGAGAUGAUUAGCAUGGCAGUUCACAGGAAUCUCCUUCGCUUGCUUGGCUUUUGUAUGACACCCACUGAACGCCUUCUUGUUUACCCUUAUAUGGCCAAUGGAAGUGUUGCAUCGUGUUUGCGAGAACGACCACCGGAUGAACUGCCACUCGAUUGGGCUACAAGGAAGCGCAUUGCCUUGGGAUCUGCAAGGGGAUUGUCAUAUUUACAUGACCAUUGUGAUCCAAAGAUAAUCCAUCGUGAUGUAAAAGCUGCAAACAUACUAUUGGAUGAAGAGUUUGAGGCAGUUGUAGGAGACUUUGGGUUGGCUAAACUUAUGGAUUAUAAGGAUACUCAUGUGACAACAACUGUGCGUGGCACAAUCGGUCAUAUAGCGCCAGAGUACCUAUCCACUGGGAAGUCUUCAGAAAAAACUGAUGUGUUUGGUUAUGGUAUCAUGCUUCUAGAGCUUAUCACUGGACAAGGAGCCGUUGAUCUUGCCCAUCUAGCAAACGACGAUGAUGUCAUGUUGCUUAACUGGGUGGAAAAACUGCUCAAGGAGAAGAAACUGGAAGUGCUGGUUGAUCCGGAUCUGGCGAACAAGUAUGUAGAAGGAGAGGUGGAGCAGCUGAUCCAGGUUGCAUUGCUAUGCACGCGAAGCAGCCCAAUGGAUCGGCCCAAGAUGUCAGAUGUGGUGAGGAUGUUGGAAGGUGAUGGGUUGGCCGAGAGAUGGGAUGAGUGGCAGAAGGUGGAAGUUCUUCGGCAGGGGGUAGGACAAGCAGUACAUCCUCUCUCCACUUCUGGCUGGACUGUAGACUCUACACAAAAUUUACAUGCCGUUGAACUGUCUGGUCCUAGGUGACCUUCAAGGCUCCUGUUAACCUUGAUUUUUUUUUAGAAUCUUGUUAUUUUUGUUUAGGCGUUAAAGAAUGGGCAAUUAGCAUGUUUUUUUUCCUUCUUGCAAGCACUUUCUCAUCAAAGUGUAUUCUUUGUGUGUGUCAGUGUAUGUAACAGCUAUGUGCUAAUAAACAAGGAAAUAUAACGUUUGAAAUUGGUGAUAAAUUAGGCCAUUAUAUAUGUAUAUUAGGUAUCAUAUGUAAUUCAUAACUAGUAUUCAUAUUCCAUAUUUUAAAAUCCAUGACCGCUAACAGG